AUGGAACUGCUAUUUCGGGUUUUUGGUUUUCUAGCUCUUAAUAUGCUUCUUCAUGUGCACGCUCAAAUAGGAUUCAUAAGCAUUGAUUGUGGAGUGAAUGAGGACUACAUAGACAACACAACCAAACUCUUUUACAGUACGGAUGCAAAAUUCAUAGACAGCGGAGUAAGCAAGAACAUCCCUCAUGAUUUCACGUCCACAAUUUUUGAAAAACAGCUCACGACUGUUCGAAGCUUCCCAAAAGGAGUCAAGAAUUGCUACACCCUACCAGCGGAACAAGGCAAUAAGUACUUGAUCAGAGCUGUAUUCAUGUGUGGUAAUGAUCAAGAGUACAAUGAUCAGCUUCCAGAGUUCAAACUAUAUCUGGGUGUCGAAGAAUGGGACACAGUGAAAUUCAACUAUUCAUAUGAUAUCUUCCGCACGGAAAUCAUAUAUGUCACUAGAACAGAUGAAAUAUAUAUGUGUCUUGUAAACACUGAUUCUGGGACACCUUUCAUUUCUGCAUUAGAGCUCAGGCCGAUUGAUAAUUCCAUUUAUAACAAAACCCAAUCUGGAUCGCUGGUGCUUUUUAACAGGCUCAAUUUCGGUUCACAAACCAAUGAGACAGUCAGAUAUGGAGACGAUGUGUUGGAUCGCAUGUGGGUACCGUUCAACUCGAUUUAUUGGGAAGCCAUCAAAGCACCCUAUAGUAGUUCUGUGCUAAGCGAAAAUGAAUUUAAACUUCCGGCCAAGGUAAUGGAGACUGCUGUAAAGCCUGUGAAUGGAUCUUUGGACUUCUAUUUGGUGGGGAUUGAUUCUUCUCAAGAAUUUUACAUGUAUUUUCACUUUGCUGAGAUUGAGGAAGUGCAAGACCAGAUCAGAGAAUUUACUAUCUCAUUGAAUAAUAAAACAAUUUCUGAUCCUAUUGAACCCAAAUAUAUGGUUUCGGAUUCUUAUUUUACUCAAUCUUCCCUAAGCGGAAUCCAGAUGAAUUUUUCACUUGCCAAGACAAAUCGAUCCACACUUCCACCCAUUAUGAAUGCUCUGGAGAUUUACACAAUAAAAGAAUUCUUACAGUCGCCCACUGAACAACUUGACGUUGAUGCUAUGAAGAAAAUCAAGUCAGUAUACCAGGUGAUGAAGAGUAGUUGGCAAGGAGAUCCAUGUCUCCCAAGAAGCUACUCAUGGGAUGGCCUGAUCUGUAGUGACAAUGGUUAUGAUGCCCCUAGUAUCACCUCACUGAACCUAUCAUCUAGCAAUUUGGUUGGGAAGAUAGAUAAUUCAUUCAAAAAUCUCACAUCAUUGCAAUAUUUGGAUUUAUCCAACAAUAGUUUAAGUGGAGACGUGCCUGAAUUUCUAUCUGAAAUGUCUUUCUUGAAGACCUUGAACCUAUCAGGGAAUAAAUUGACAGGGUCGGUUCCUUCGGCCCUCCUUGCAAAAUCUAAUGAUGGAACCUUGACUUUGAGUUUGGAUGGGAAUCCGGAUCUUUGUCAAAACAACUCAUGCAACACAAAGACGAAAACGAAGAGCCCGGUUGCUGUUCCUGUAGUUGCAUCCAUUGCUUCCUUCGUGGUCCUCUUAGGUGCAAUAUUUGCCAUCUAUUGGCACUUCAUAAGGGGCAGAAGACAUGGUACACAUGCUGGAGUCCAACCUAAUGAUCAAGAAAGUGUAUCACAAUUUGACUUACAGAAACCAGAUAUACCUAAUGAAGAAGAGAACUCGGAAUUGGAGUUAGAAGAAAUACAAAAGGAAAUGAUCAAACCUAAUGAAAAGCUGGAGGCCAAGAAGCAACGCCUUAGUUACUCUGAGGUUAAAAGGAUUACUAACAACUUUCGAGAGGUGAUUGGACACGGAGGAUCUGGAUUAGUUUACAGUGGCCAUUUAAGCCAUGGCAUUAAAGUUGCUGUCAAGAAGCUGUCACCCACUUCGCAUCAAUCUUUCGAGCAAUUUCGAAAUGAGGCUCAGCUGUUGUCAACAAUUCAUCAUAGAAACUUGGUUUCUCUAAUGGGGUACUGCGACGAGGACUCAAACAUGUUGCUAAUUUACGAGUAUAUGGCUAAUGGGAACUUGAAAGAACAUUUAUCAGGUAAAAUUGGGUCGGUCUUGAGUUGGGAACAAAGACUUCAAAUAGCGAUUGAGGCAGCACAAGCACUGGAAUAUUUACAUGAAGGUUGCAAUCCAUCCAUAAUUCACAGAGAUGUUAAGGCUCCCAACAUCUUAUUGAAUGAAAAAAUGCAAGCCAAAGUAGCAGAUUUUGGGUGGUCCAGAAGCAUGCCCCCUGAAAAUCCAUCUCAUGUAUCAACGACCUUUGUUGUUGGCACUUCUGGGUACCUUGACCCUCAGUACAACAGAACUGGACAGUUGACAAAGGAAAGUGAUGUUUAUAGCUUUGGGAUUGUUCUUUUAGAGCUUAUUUCCGGCCGGCCUGCAAUAAUGGAGGAAAAUCGCAGCAUAUUGGAUUGGGUCCGUCCCAUUAUUGAAAGAGGAGAAAUAGAAGACAUUGUGGAUCCAAGGUUACAAGGAAUCUUCAAUACUAACUCUGCCUGGAGAACUAUAGAGACAGCAAUGUGUUGCGUACCAUUCAGCUCCACAGAAAGGAAAACUAUGAGUUAUGUAGUGAGUGAAUUGAAAGAGUGUCUGAAGCUGGUAGAGAUGAGUAGCUCUUCAAAUACAGGAAUAGGCAUUACUCAACCUAUUGGACCUGCAACCGGUCCUCGAGCAAGGUAGAAAUGUUGACUAGUAACGUGUGUUAGUGUGUGCAUAGUACUGUUGUUUGUUUACUUAAUAUUUCUGAACUUUCAUGAACAUGCAUAUGUACUUUAAAUGAUGAUGUUCUUGCCUUUGGAACAUGCAUAUGUACUUUAAACGAUGUUCUUGCCUUCUUCGUUAUAAUUUGAACCCUAUAUAUUAUCUGUUAGUCUC